GUAGCUGCUAUAAAUACUCUCUUUACACAAUCACUUGUUCUUGUUCGUUCUCUCACUGUUUCGAUUUUUAAUUAUUUUUUUAUAAUUUUUUUGUUUCAGAAAGUGACGUUUCACUUUUCUCAGCUCAAGGUUUCGAUGUUUGUCGGUGAAGUUUGGAUAUCUUAGAGAAAGGGAGAUACAGUCAAGGUUUAAUACUCAAUUUGGCUAUUGUUUUAGGAUAUUUUAAACACUAGUUAAGCCUGGCUUACGAUAGCUACCUUGAUUCCAGUCACCAAGGGGGCAUACCUCCCAUGGCACCUUCUCGGGUGGCAGGAGGUUUAGCUCAAUCAUCAUCAAGUUCUGGAAUUUUCUUUCAAGGAGAGGGGCAAUCACAUAAUUUAGUUAACUCUCACUUGAGCUCAUCGUUAGUUAACUCAUCUAACACUGUACCUGGAACUGGUCAUUCCAACCUUGGUCCGGUGUCUGGGGAUAUGAAUAACGGAAUUUUGAACAGUGUGGCAAACUCAGCACCAAGUGUUGGAGCUAGUUCUUUAGUCACAGAUGCAAAUUCUGCACUCUCUGGUGAGCGCCAUAUGCAAAGAAGUGCAAGCAUUAAUGGAGACUCGUAUUUAAGAUUACCCGCCUCACCCUUGUCAUUUACAUCAAACAACAUUAGUAUUUCUGGGUCACCUGCAAUGGAUGGUUCCUCUGUAGUACAGCAGAAUUCUCAUCAAGAUCAGAAUGCUCAACAGUUGCAGCAGAAUCAACAGAAGCUGCAGGGUGGUUCAAGUUCUAUGCUUUUGCCUGCUUCUCAAGUUGGCUCAUCUUCGCACCAAACGGGUGCACAAGUGCCUGGAUCUUUCACGGGCGCACAAGUGCCUGGAUCUUUCACUCAAGAUCCAAAUAAUAUAUCCCACCUGCUGAAAAAACGUAGGCUGGAUAUCAAACAAGAUGAUAUAAUGCAACAGCAGGUAAUACAGCAGCUUCUUCAGAGACAAGACCCCACACAAUUCCAAAAUCGUAAUCCACAGUUACAGGCUAUGUUUCAGCAACAGAGGCUGAAGCAACAACAAAUCUUUCAGUCGUUGCCCCCGGCUCAGCAACAAAUCUUUCAGUCAUUACCCCAGGCUCAGCGAAUGCAGUUUCUGCAGCAACAACAGCAGCAGCAACAACAGCAAAUGCAGAGGCAGCAAAUACCACAACAAAUGAUGCAGCCCUCGGCUGGUGUGAAGCGUCCGUAUGAUGGUGGUGGUGUUGGAGGUGUAUGUGCCCGUCGAUUGAUGCAGUACCUCUAUCAUCAAAGACAGCGACCAAAUGAUAAUAGUAUUGCAUAUUGGAGAAAAUUUGUGGCUGAAUAUUACUCUCCUCGUGCAAAGCAACGGUGGUGCUUAGCAUUAUAUAGUAACGUUGGACACCAUUCAGCUGGUGUUUUACCCCAGGCAACUACGCAUGCUUGGCAGUGUGACAUAUGCGGAACUAAAUCUGGAAGAAGGGGAUUUGAGGCAACUUUUGAUAUACUACCCAGACUUAAUGUAGUCAAAUUUGGUGGUGGAGUGAUCGAUGAACUUUUGUUUUUGGACUUGCCGCGUGAAGUAAGAUUUCCUUCUGGGCUGAUGAUGUUAGAAUAUACCAAAGCAGUUCAAGAGUGUGUAUAUGAGCAGCUUCGUGUUGUUCGUGAGGGUCAACUUCGUAUCGUAUUUACUCAAGAUCUGAAGAUAUUUUCUUGGGAUUUCUGUGUAAGGCGCCACGAAGAACUUCUUCCUCGAAAGUUAGUUGCACCACAGGUCAACCAAUUAGUUCAGGUUGCUCAAAAAUGCCAGAGUACAAUUUCUGAAAGUGGGUCAGAUGGAGUCUCUCAGCAAGACUUGCAAACAAACAGUAACAUGGUCCUGACUGCUGGGCGGCAGCUUGCGAAGAGUUUGGAGCUACAAUCACUAAAUGACUUGGGAUUUUCGAAAAGAUUUGUGAGAACUUUGCAGAUUUCUGAAGUUUGCAAUAGCAUGAAAGAUCUAAUCGAUAUAUGUUUUGAUCACAACGUUGGAGCACUUGAGAGUUUGAAAAAUUAUUCUCAAUAUUCAACCACGCCAAAGCUCCAAAUGCAAAAGAUGCAGGAGAUGGAACAGGCAGCAAAUGGUCAAGGACCCCCACCUGAUCAAAACACACUUAAUAAGCUGAUGGCAUUGAAUCCUGGAUCAAACAAUCACAUAAGCAAUAGUAAUCACAAUAUGGGAAAUCGUGGUGCUUUGACUGUGCCAUCACAAGCUGCUAUGGCAAUGUCUAAUUACCAGAAUCUUCUCAUGAGGCAAAACUCAAUGAAUUCAAGCCCUGGCUCCCUUCAUCGAGAAGGGUCCCCUUUCAGUAACUCAAACCAGAAUCCCUCACCAGCUUCUUUGCAAGGUGCUGGGGCUGCUAUAAUCCCAGGCUCUAUGCAGAAUUCACCUCACAACAGUGGUGGUGGAUUCUCAAAUCCCCAUCUACCCUCACUACAGCAGCGGCAGCAGCAGCAGCAGCAACAACACCUUCAACAGCGCUCAUUAAGUGCAAAUAAUUUACCUCAACAAAAUCACUCUCAGGGACCUCAAGGAAACCAAUCGCUGCAACAGCAGAUGAUCCAGCAACUACUGCAGGAUAUGUCAAAUAACAACGGGGGAGUACAACAACAGUCUCAUAGUGGACCCAAUGUAAGUGGGAAUAUGGCAAAGAAUAAUUUGGGUUUUGGGGGCCAAACUCCAACCACUAAUGGAGGAGGCUCUGCCAAUGGUCAAGGAAAUAAUGGACCUGUUUCAAGGAGUAACAGCUUCAAAGCAGCUUCAAACAGUGAUUCUUCUGCAGCAGCUGGUGGAGGCGGCAACAAUGGAUUCAACCAGAGGCCAUCUGACAUGUCGCAGAAUCUAGCCUUACAAGACGUUGCUUCCGACUUUGCCCCUGACUUCACAGAUAGCGCUUUCUUUAACAGUGAUCUGGAUGAUAACAUGGGUUUUACCUGGAAGCCAUGACUGACUGAACUUGUCACUAUAAUUGGAAUUUCUGUUCAAUUAUUUUAUCUUACUAUAUUAUCUUUGUACAGUGGAUACUUUAAAUAGUUUCUGCCUUAUAUUUUUCUUGUUUUCUUUUUGUGGUCAUUUUCUUGAUGGAAUUUGUCAUGACUCUUACUCCAAAGGUGCUUUAGAGAUUUUAUUUGGGGUUGUUUUUUCCUGGCCUGCAAGUGUAAUCUACUAGUACUUAUCAUCCGUGCAACACACGGAGAGAUAUUGUUGUUUGGUUGUAUUUUCAUAUUGAAAAGUUAGUCAAUGAUUUAGACAUAAAAGAAGGCCUUCAUCUGUUGCAUGAAAA